UCAAAGCCGUUACUUCUCCUCGUUUCUUUGCCAAAAUUCCCCCACUAAGCUCUGCCCGCGCUGCCCGUAAUCUCCUCCCUUCGCUUCGCCCCCCCUGCCCGAGCUGCCCGCUCUCCACCUUUCUCAUCAUUCUCACUCCAAAAGCGAAGGGGGAAAAAAACCCCGAGGAGCCAAGGUUUUUGCUCGAUCCUCUUCCCCUUUUUUCUAGGGUUUGCACCUUCGAUGUUCUCUCCUCGAUCGAUCUUCAAUCGGAUUUAGGUUUUGGGUUGUGGAAUUGAUGGGAUUGGGGCCUGAGAAUGUUCAGGUGGAGGCGCUGAUGAAGAAGAGCAGGAGGAGGAAGAAGAAGAGGGAUCGGAGUGGUGAGAAGCGGUGUUGGAGUCGGUGGAAGUUGAUUGGAUGUUGUGUUACUGGAUCUAAGGUUGACAACUCGAUCAGCAGCAGCAGCACUCAGAAUGCAGAAAGUAAGUCCAUGAAUAGCAGUAGUAAGGACCAACCAGUGGUUGCAGUAGUUUCGGGUUCUACUACCACUAGUAAUGCGGAAAGUAACAUAUCUACACCAAGAACAGGUGAGGAUCUGAAGAUUGCUUCACAGCUGCGGAAAUUCACUUUCCAAGAGCUGAAGUCUGCCACAAGAAACUUUCGACCUGAUAGUCUUCUUGGAGAGGGAGGCUUUGGUUGUGUUUUUAAGGGAUGGAUUGAGGAGAAUGGAACAGCUCCUGUAAAACCUGGUACUGGGCUUACUGUUGCUGUCAAGACACUUAAUCAUGAUGGUCUUCAAGGGCAUAAAGAAUGGCUGGCAGAAGUUAGUUUGCUUGGCGAUCUUCUCCAUCCAAACUUAGUCAAGUUGAUAGGGUACUGUAUUGAAGAUGAUCAAAGGUUGCUUGUGUAUGAGUUCAUGACUCGUGGAAGUUUGGAAAAUCAUCUUUUCAGGAGGUCCCUGCCUCUUCCAUGGGCUGCCAGAAUGAAAAUUGCUUUUGGUGCUGCAAAAGGCCUUGCUUUUCUACACGAGGAAGCAGAAAGACCUGUAAUUUAUCGUGAUUUUAAGACAUCCAACAUUUUGCUUGAUGUGGAAUACAAUGCUAAACUCUCUGACUUUGGGCUUGCAAAAGAUGGUCCAGAAGGAGAUAAGACUCAUGUAUCUACGCGGGUGAUGGGAACAUAUGGUUAUGCAGCUCCAGAAUAUGUAAUGACAGGACAUCUAACAUCAAAGAGCGACGUCUACAGCUUUGGAGUUGUCCUACUAGAAAUGCUAACAGGCCGAAGGUCCAUGGACAAAAACCGUCCAAACGGCGAGCAUAACCUUGUAGAAUGGGCUCGCCCUCAUCUUGGAGAAAGGCGUAGAUUCUACCGCAUAAUAGAUCCUCGUCUUGAGGGCCAGUUCUCUAUAAGAGGCGCGCAAAAGGCAUCCCAACUCGCACACCACUGCCUUAGCCGAGAUCCCAAGGCCAGACCUCUGAUGAGCGAAGUAGUGGAGGUUCUCAAGCCAUUAUUAAACCUCAAAGACAUGGCCAGUACUUCUCAGUUCUAUCAAGCUAUGUUAGCAGAAAGAGCAGCAGCUAAUGCUAAUAGCCCAAAGGGAAGAAACGGUGUUAAACAGCAAGGUUCAUUUGGGAGAAAUGGGCAGCAACCUGUGAGGAGCCUCUCCAAUGGCGUGCGAAAUUCUCCUUAUCAUCCGUCGACAAAGGGUAACGAAAAUAAGCAGGCAUAAAUGAAGUGUGAUUGCGUUGGUAAAUUGUGUAAUAUAUGUUGCAAAUGUGAAUGAGACGCAUAUAAUUGGGCAUUUUGAUCAUGUUUGUGUCUAAAUUUACAUGUGGGUAGAAUGAUUUGGUUCCCAAUCUGAGUUUUUUCCCCCAACGUUGUGGAGAUUUAUUUAUGAUGUAAUACAGGAAGAACUCCAUUGCACAGGUUUUUACAUGUUUUUAAGAGGCAAUGGCUUCAUAUAAUGAAAUGAUACGUGUACUGAUGUUAUAAA